UAAUGGCGGCUUGUUGUUCUUAUUUUUUUCACUUGUUUACAGUGAAUAAUUUAUGAACGGUUUGGUUAACAAAAUGUAAUAGAAGUGAAAUUAGGGGAAACCUGAGCAAUCGGUAUGGCAGAUAGUUUAACACUUGUUUCAGGAGGAGAUGAUAUAAAGAUAUGGGGAUGGCCAGAGUUGAAAACUCUUCAUACGCUUAAACCUCAUACAAAUGCAAUUAGCUCGCUUACGUGGAGUCCUAAUAAUCAUUUUCUAGCCAGCACAGCUUUGGGAGAUUCUGUUGUGGUGACUGCAUUCAAUAAACCAGCACCAACAUCAAUUGAGCUCCAGGGUUGUGAAGAUGACACAUGUUUGGCAUUCAAUUCUUCAUCAAGGCUUUUAAUUACUGCUGGAAAGAACAAAGUUGUAAAUGUUUGGGAUCUUAAAAACAAAUUAAUCAAGAAGAAAAUUAAGAAUAAUUCAGAUGCAAUAAACUGUGUGAAGUUCAACUGGAAUGAUACAAAUAUUGUAACUGGAAAUACCAUGGGUGAUAUUUUGGUUCACAGUGUUUCAACAACACUAACCUCAACACCUUUACGCUUGCCUCAAACUCAGGCAGUCCAUGCAAUCCAGUACUCGCGGUUCAAGAAAGCUCUUUUAGGUGCUGUGAGUGAUGAUGGUGCUCUAAAUAUCUGGGAUACAAAUACAAUGAAGAUGGCUGUGUCUUUUCCUGAUAAUCACACAGCCCCUGCACGGGAUCUCAGUUUCUCUCCUAUGAAUGAUAUGUUGCUGGCCUCUGUUGGUUUGGAUAAGAAGAUUGUGUUUUAUGAUAUCCUUGGAAAGAAGAUGAUCAAAGACAUGAAUGCUGAAUCACCUCUUACGUCAAUCUCAUUCAUGCAUGAUGGUGCUGCGUUUGCUGUUGGAACAACUUGUGGGCGAAUAUUUGUGUAUGAUCUACGAUCUGGAAGCACUCCACUAAACUCAACUGUGGCUCACAAGUCUUCUGUUCAGUCUGUUUCCUUUCAAUUGCCAAAGGGCAAUACUUCGUCAUCAUCAGCUACUUUAGCAGCGAAGUUAACCAGUCGAUCUUCUUCGGAUUCUGCAACAAAGAGAGAUGCCCCACCUCCUUUACCCCCAGGUAUACCUGGUAAACCACGAGUGGCAGCGACAGAGCCGGUUCAAAAUGGGGGACAACCCAGCGAGGGAAUUGGCAUGUUCUCACCACUAAGAGAGGAUAUGGGUGCAGGUGUUGCGAAGGAGUUAAACAGUGAUGAUUAUGAACAAAUGAAUACGAAAAAACCAGAACAUAUUACUGCGUCGGGUGUAUUUUCUCCCAUAAACAGCUCGAGUCUGUCCUAUCACCCACCUAUUUCGAAAUCAGACCCCACCCCUACCUUAAACGGACACACUGCAUCCUCAACGUAUGGCGACACACCUCAUGUUACCAGGCAACCGGGUGGCCUACCUAUGACUACAUCACAAGUGUCUAAAAGAGAUUCUAUCACCUCCCACGGAGCAGAAACUACAGGCAGAGAUAGAUAUAAGGGCACGUUAACACGCAAAGUCAGUGCCGACAAACACUCCAUGACAGGUAGUAAUCAGCGGAAACCAUCGUCUACUAUCAGUCAAAUAAGCACUUCACAUCAUCACAGUCAGGCUACUGAUAGCGGUCCAGACAAACUUGAUGAAAUGGGUUCAUCGAGAGGUUCUCGAGAAGGUAUAGUUUUUGACGAUACUUUUGAAGUUCUAAAUGGUUUCAUUCAGCCAACAAGAAACAACGAAGAGGAAGUGUCAGGAUUUCAUGAAUAUCAAGUACAAUUUAUGAAAAACCUUAUCGACGAUGCAUUGGAUGAAUUCAGGAUUGACUUCCAUCAAGAUAUAGUGAACCUUCAAGUAGAAAUGUUACGGCAGUUUCAAAUCCAACAAAAUGAAAUGAAAGCACUUUUACAACAGUAUUCAUUAAAUGACGCGUUGGUCGCUGAAAAUGAACGCUUGAAAGAAGAAAUAAAGAAAUUAAAAUCAACCCAUUGAAUACAUGACGUAAGAUAUAUUUCACCAUCUUACGUCAUAUACAGUAUGUAUCGUUCAGUUUCGGGUAUAUCUGCAGAAUGUCCUUGUUAUACUUAUCCAUACACAACCCCAGAUACCCUUUGGUAUGUUAGGAUAUCACUCAUGUUGAUAUUCCGAAGCUAUUGGGUCUUGUCAUACUUAGCUAUAAAGGCUCCACUUCAAACGUAUAGUAAUGUGUCUUUGGUGUGGAAAUACAUUUGGCAAAAUUGCACCAAAGUUGAAACAGCAUCUAUUAACCAAAGUUAUGAACUUACAAGGACAAUUGGUGGAAC